UGCGCAUGCGCUCUGUGUUGAUUUCCUCCGGUUCUGACCAUGCCGACCGUCAGUGUGAAGCGGGAUUUGUUAUUUCGGGCUUUAGGGCAAACGUACACUGAUGAAGAAUUUGAUGAAUUAUGUUUUGAAUUUGGCCUGGAAUUGGAUGAAGUGACAUCUGAAAAGGAUAUUAUAACCAGAGAACAAGGAGAUGACAAAGCCGAUGGUGCAUCAGAGGUGGUACUAUAUAAAAUUGACGUGCCUGCGAAUCGCUAUGACCUCUUAUGCUUGGAAGGAUUAACCCGUGGAUUGCAGGUCUUCAAGAGCAAAAUUGAAGGUCCUAGAUACACGAGAGUGGGACCACUAAAUGGAGACAUGCAGAAGUUAGUGAUCACCAAAGAGACGUCACAGAUUCGACCACAUGCUGUAGCAGCCGUUCUUCGCAAUAUAACUUUUACCAAGCAUCGCUAUGAUAGUUUCAUUGAGCUGCAAGAAAAACUACAUCAGAACAUCUGCAGGAAGCGAGCUCUUGUUGCUAUUGGAACGCACGAUCUGGAUACAAUAUCAGGACCUUUCACUUAUACAGCACAACCACCAUCUGAAAUUAAGUUCAAACCGUUAAACCAGUCAAGGGAAUACACUGCACCUGAACUUAUGGAUCUUUAUAGGACAGAUAGUCACCUUCGCCAUUAUUUACACAUUAUUGAAGACAAACCAGUUUACCCUAUUAUCUACGACAGCAAUGGCAUAGUUCUUUCUAUGCCUCCUAUCAUAAAUGGAGAGCACAGCAAAAUAACACUCAACACACGGAAUGUUUUUAUUGAAUGCACAGCAACUGAUCGCACUAAAGCAAAAAUUGUGCUUGAUACAAUUGUCACAAUGUUCAGUGAAUACUGUGAAAAACCAUUUACAGUUGAGGCAGCUCAAGUGAUUUAUCCUAAUGAAGAAAUGUACGUUUAUCCAGAGAUGCGGUACAGAAAAGAAAUUCUGAGUACAGAAUUUAUUAAUAAAAGAGUUGGAAUCAAUGAAACGCCAGAUUCUCUUGCUAAAUUGCUGACUCGCAUGCAUUUAACAUCCAAGGUGAUGGGGAAUGGUGCACAAUUAGAAAUUGAAAUCCCCCCUACUAGAGCAGACAUCAUCCAUCCAUGUGACAUUGUAGAAGAUGCAGCAAUAGCCUAUGGUUACAACAAUAUCAAGAUGACAGUUCCCAAAGCCUAUACUGUGGCUAAUCAGUUUCCAUUGAACAAAUUAUCUGAGUUGCUGAGGCAAGAUAUGGCAGCUGGGGGCUUCACAGAGGCCUUGACCUUUGCUCUGUGUUCUCAGGAAGAUAUUGCUGACAAACUGGGUAAGGAUCUGGCAAAGACGAGAGCAGUACAUAUCGCCAAUCCCAAAACAGCUGAAUUUCAGGUAGCUCGCACGACUCUUCUCUCUGGUCUGCUGAAGACUGUUGCAGCCAACAGAAAAAUGCCACUACCUCUGAACUUGUUUGAAAUUUCAGAUGUUGUUCUGAAAGAUCCAUCAAAAGAUGUUGGUGCAAAGAAUGAAAGACACCUUUGUGCUUUGUACUACAACAAGAAUCCUGGUUUUGAGGUGAUUCAUGGUUUGCUGGACCGCAUAAUGCAACUUCUUGACCUGAAGCCAGGACAUGCGAAUGGGUACUACAUGCAGGCUGCAGAUGAUUCCACUUUCUUCCCGGGUCGAUGUGCAGAGAUCUUUGCUAAAGGUCAGAGCAUAGGCAAGCUGGGAGUUCUUCACCCUGAUGUUAUCACCAAAUUUGAACUGACCAUGCCCUGCUCUGCGCUUGAGAUUGAUAUUGAGCCAUUUCUUUGAAGGAUGUUGCUGCUUCUUGGUUCUUUUCACACAUUUAUGUCAUUCUGCCAUUCUCUACAAAGAGCAGCUAGUGACACUACUCAGAUGUAAAGAUAAAUAUUUAAUAAGGCAAAGGAUCCUGUGUCUGCUUUGUGAUUAUAUAUGUUUUCCAUCUUGUAAUUUUAUCUGUUUGCUUGAAACAUUAUAGUUUAUUAUCUAGCAUAAAUUACCAAAACUGUAAAUGUAUGAAAAAAACAAUCCAAUGCAACAUAACUGUAACUUGAGAAUUAACAAAACAAUUAAAAUUGAGAUGAUGGAUAGAACUGCACUACAAAAGACAUUCAACUUCAGCAAUUCCAUUUAGAUUUUCUCCAGCAGCAAACACAGUUAUGAAAUAUAAGCUAAUAGAAUAAUUUUUAUCAGUGAUAUAAAGCCAUACCGUGGGUUUCCCAGGAUAAUUGUGCAGGGUAAACAAGGUGUCGGCUGUCAUUGGUACCUUUAUCCAUGUUAUGCUCCAAAUGGAAGGCCGAUGUAGUGUAAUGUUUAAGUAAUAUUCAUAAGUCUACAAAGUCUGGUCCCCCAGGAUCUAACUGGAUUUAGUCAUUGAACUGCUGUUGAUGGACUUUGACAAUAUGAUUUAAGCAGUGGUUAUGUUCAGAAAGUGUUAAAUCAGAGCACGGGCUCUAGAAUCAGAAGUACCUUUUAGAGGAGGAGUCCUUAGACGUCUUUGUUAAUGGUAAGGGUCCAUGGCAGAAAAAAGUUGAGAACCCCUGCUUUUGAGGGACCUUUAGUUAGUCUUGACUGUGCAAUAUGUGGAAAAUCAUGUGAAACCAAAGCUCUUCUCCAAGUAAAGCCCCCAACUCUCACAGAAUUUUGCUGCAUUGUUUUAAUGAUGGAUUGUUCAAUAGACCAGGAAAUGUUGUGCUGAACAACAGCUGGAGAUUGACCUGUUGUGCAUUUCUAUCACUGUUUUAAAAUCUCCAAUUACAAAUAUAUAGAAUUUUAAUCUUAGACUGUUACAGUUCUAAAGGCUAUUUUUGUUGGAAAUUUAUAUUGAUUAUAUUGAUUAGGUGUGUGAUAAAUCUUUUUGCAUAUUAUUCUAAAAACUCUUCUUUUGGCCCAGCUUCCUUCAUGAAAUUUGUAGUUAAUGUUUCAUCAAUUGGCUGCAUGAAGCAGCCAUAUUAUUUUGUCCAGCAGUUGUAUGGGCAUCCAUGAUGGCCUGGUUUAGAACUAAUAAAAACCCACAUUAUGCCUGUGGGCAUC